UUUAACCACACAACAAAAUGUUCGAGGAUAAGUAUGUUGUGAAUAACAGUAAAGUUUUUGACGGAAAAACUACCCUACUUUUAAAGCUAUACCUCACGAUACCGACUGUGGUAUCACAUAUGAUAUGUUUCCUGUAUGGCAUUUUCUGUAAAAUGACGUUGAAUACCAGACCCACUAUUGAGUCUAAACGAUCUGAGGAUAAUUGCUUCAAUAUUACAAUAAAAACAGAUAAAUCAUCAAUAAUAUAUAUAGUUACAAGUAUAAUUACAAGCGAUGGAUACAAUUUCCGGUUCCGGGUGAGCAUGCACCAUAGGUAUCCUAAUGGUAAUUCUUUAGAAUACCAAAACAAUGAAAAAUUUAAUUUUCAUACGGUUCAACUAUAUUUAAACAACCUGAACAGUGUAAAUCAAGAAAAACAGACAUUGGAACUUCAAAAGAUAAACAAAUAUGUGAAGAAUACAUUGAUUGUGUCUGUUUACUACAGUCAGAAAAUGAAGGAACUAAUAUUGAAGGAAGAAGCGAUUAGCAACAUUAAUUCAAAUGAUGAAAACACUGCGUCACAUAACCAUAGUCCUAUGUCCAGGAGAAGUAAGAUAAAAACCAAUAGAACAAAGCAACAAAGUAAUCAAAACACGUGGAAAACAUUGUUUCGUGUCUCUGUUUAUGGUAUUUGUCGAGAAGACUUUGUGAGAUCAAGUAUAGAGGGACAUUUUUCAUCGAAAAGACAGUAUGGCGAAAGACCAGGAGUACAGUGGCCAUCAAUGCAUCCUCUACUACCGUAUAAAAACAGACAUCUCGACGAUGAUGACAUUUCAAAUUAGAUCAAUAUUUUGUUAUUCUCAUUUAUGGAGGUUAGAAUUAUUUGUGCGAUAUAUAAAAUUACUCUCCGUAAAAAGUUUAAUCCUGUCAAUGUUGAAUGAGAAAAUAGCGUAGUUUGAGUCCAAGUUGAUAGAUUUGCAUUGAUUUGUGUCAAAAAUAGAUGAGGCUGACUUGACUUUAACUGAAUUUGAAUUAUGCACUGAUGGGAACUCAACCAAAAUUUAACAGCUACAUACAAUUGUUAAACAAUAUUAUGUGUCUGUCUUGAAUUUAUAGCUACCAAGCUUUUGCACUUACAUUUGAUAAAUAUUUCAUACAUUUUUUCUUACCAAAAAAAACGUUUAGUUUAAAAAUCCAUUAUUAAUUACACCGUCAGUCAAAUAUAGAUUAAGGUUUUGGCCUCGAGCAUCAAUGAAGACAUAUUAGUUGUCGAAAUGCGCAUCUGGUGCAGUAAAAUUGGUAGCGUUUAUAUUAUUAAGGAAAAUACUCACUUGCCUAUUUGUAUAUCUAACAAAUGUUUUAUACUUAUCAUGCUUAUUGCUUCCUUGUCAUUUGAUUGUGCUCGUUCCUGAUAAACUGAUUCCAGCAUAUUUGUUGUACUCAUCGUCAUGGUUUUCAUUAUUUAUAUUAUAUUUUGUCAUGCACAUCUA